GGAAUCAGAAUCGCAGCAGAGGAAACGUUAGAAACAGAACUGCAUUGCAGGUGAUGAUGAGGAAGGGUGAAACGACGUCGUUGGAGAGUGAGCUGAAGAAGCGGAACGAGGAGCUGGAGGAGGAGCUGAAACGGAGCAAGGAGAGGGAGGACCACGUGAGGAACCAGCUCCACGCCGCAUUGGAUCGCCUCUCCGUGGCGGAGGACGCGGAGGAGCGCCUCUGCGAGCAGCUCGGUGACCUCGAAGCCGAGGCGCUGCAGCAGGCGCGUGACUACCACGCCCGCAUCGUUUCACUCGUCGAUCAGCUCUCACAAGCACACUCUCUCCUCAACACCACCUUUCCCCUCCGUUCCCCCUCAUAAAUCUGAAGUUUCUCUCUUUGCAUGUUCUUCUACAGCGCGUCGUUGUUACUUUCCGGUGUGCAACUGUGCGGUAUGAAGUGAUACCAUUACCAUCGUAAAAUUCGAUGAUGUAUAUAUGUAGAUUCUGUUGUUAAGGUUAAGGUCAAGGUUUGGUAGUUCCCUAGUUUGGAUUCUGGAUUUCUGGGUUUAAUUUAGAUUUAGAGAAAACAGAUAGAAGUUUUAAAAUAAUGUAUGUAUACACUCUUGUUCCUACUCUGCUUUCUCCUAAAUUUUGUGUAAUUAAUCAAUAUUAAGAGAAUUCUACGUUUCAAAUC